UACAUCCACAUACAGCAGACACAUCGCUAACACGCUUUAGCUAAAGUCUCAAGAAUGAGGGUAACAAUCGCAGUUCUUCUGCUUCUGUACAAAUGUCUUAUAUUCGCUCCGAAUGCUGCAACAGAACCGGUCUCCUCUGAAUUGAGCACUAAAGAUGACAACUUUCUUCAGAAUAAUAUUAAAGAGCUGACUUCAGCUUUGCAAAUAUUCACAGACCUGCUGCAGGAACUUGGAGCAGCAAAAAAGAAAUUACAAGCCACAGAGACACGACUCAACGCUCUGGAAACCAGUCAGCAGAAGCUGAUGUCCAGACUUGCCAACAGUGAAGCUCAGAUUGAGAAAGUCAAAAUGGAAAACAAAGACAAACCAAAGGUGGCAUUUUCAGCUGCAUUAGGAUCGAAUGGUUUCUUUGGACCAGUUAAUGUAGAUUCAACACUGGUUUACAAGAAUGUCUUCAUGAAUGUUGGCAAUGCCUACCAGCAGACCACAGGGAUUUUCACAGCACCAGUACGAGGAGCUUACUACUUCAGUUUCUUCUACCAUUGUUCAACUAGUCAUAAGACAUGGCUGUACAUGUAUAGAAAUGGAAAGAAAGAAGCAUUAGCAGGACAACACAGUACACAACAGGGUACUCCAGCAAAUGGAGGAAAUGGCUUAAUGCUGUUGUUGCAGAAAGGAGAUCAAGUCUAUAUUGUACUCCAAAAGGAUUCAUGGAUCUGGGAUGAAGAGAAUGUCACAGUGUUUAAUGGUUUUCUUAUUGAUGUCAUGUAAAUAAAAAACACCUUGAGAACAAACAUAACAUUAAGGUAACAUGUAAUGGGUUAACAGGUUAAGAUGAAAUAUCAGGCUACUUAAUCCAGUGUCUGUCUGAUGUGAAUAAAAGAUUGCAACAUCA